CGCGGAGCCCCUAGUCGCAGUGGCCGCGGCGGCCGGGGAGGCAGCGGCGGCGGCGGCGCGGCGGCGACAUGGCCAUGACCUCAGAGGAUGCCUUUCAUCACAGUGCAAACUCCACCUACAGAACUGCAAGCGGCAGUCUUCAAGCUGACCAGGAUGCGCUCCUUGAGAAGCUGCUGGACCGCCCGCCACCCAGCCUGCAGAGGCCUGAGGACCGCUUCAAUGGCACCUACAUCAUCUUCUUCAGCUUGGGCAUCGGUGGCCUGCUGCCGUGGAACUUCUUUGUCACUGCCAAGGAGUACUGGGCAUUCAAACUCCGCAACUGCUCCAGCCCAACCGCAGGGGAGGAAGCCGUGGGCUCCGACAUCCUGAACUACUUUGAGAGCUACCUGACCGUUGCUUCCACCGUUUCCUCUGUGCUGUGCCUCAUGGCGAACUUCCUGCUCGUCAACAGGGUUCCAAUCCGCGUCCGUGUGCUGGCCUCACUGGCUGUCAUGCUGGCUGUCUUCUUGGUGAUGACCGUGCUAGUGAAGGUGGACACCUCCUCGUGGACCUUUGGCUUCUUUGCCGUCACCAUUGUCUGCAUGGCCCUCCUUAGCGGCACCUCCACCAUAUUCAAUAGCAGUGUCUUCGGCAUGACUGGCUCCUUCCCCAUGAGGAAUUCCCAGGCACUGAUAUCAGGAGGAGCGAUGGGGGGCACCAUCAGUGCCGUGGCCCUGCUUGUGGACCUGGCGGCGGCCAGCGACGUGACAGACAGCGCGCUGGCCUUCUUCCUGACCGCGGACGUCUUCCUCGGGCUCUGCGUGGGGCUCUACCUGCUGUUGCCGCGGCUGGAGUACGCCAGGUUCUACCUGAGGCCUGUCUGGCCGGCCCAUGUGUUUUCCGGUGAAGAGCAGCCACCCCAGAACUCACCCAGCGUCCCCGCAACGGCGCUCGGAUCCAGCGAGUCCUCCAUCCCGCCCCUCCGCCCCAUCCUGAAGAAGACAGCCGGCCUGGGCUUCUGUAUCAUCUACCUCUUCUUCAUCACCAGCCUUAUCUUCCCUGCCAUCUCCACCAACAUUGAGUCCCUGGACAAGGGCUCGGGCUCGCCGUGGGCCACCAAGUUCUUCGUCCCCCUCACCACCUUCCUCCUGUUUAACUUUGCUGACUUGUGUGGCCGGCAGGUCACGGCCUGGAUUCAGGUGCCGGGGCCCAGAAGUAAGGUGCUGCCCGGGCUGGUGCUCCUCCGGACCUGCCUCCUCCCCCUCUUCGUGCUCUGCAACUACCAGCCCCGCGUCCGCCUGCACACGGUGGCCUUCCGGUCCGACCUCUACCCGGUGCUCUUCACCUCCCUGCUGGGGCUCAGCAACGGCUACCUCAGCACCCUGGCUCUCAUGUACGGGCCCAAGAUCGUGCCCAGGGAGCUGGCCGAGGCCACGGGGGUGGUGAUGUCCUUUUACGUGUGCUUGGGCUUGGUACUCGGCUCGGCCUGCUCUGCCCUGCUCGUGCACCUCAUCUAGAAGCGGGUGAUGGCAAGAACCUCAGUGCCGUGUGACCCUUGGGAGCCUCGGGGAGGUGGGGAGCAGCCCAGUGGGCUGGGGCAGUGUGCAGCGUGGGGCUGCGGCUGGGCUCGGGACAGGGCACAGGACAUCCAGGCCCCGCCUCCCCUCUGGGCGCACAUCUCAGACACUUUAAAGAACUCUCCUGAGACCUUCGGAGAAGAACCAAAAGACAGCAGAAUGGGGCACAGGUACAGUAGUUACGUGGUAGCACAGCAGCCGUGCCCAGAGCUGCCGGUUACAGUUCAUCUUGCUUCAUAGCCUCUUCUGAACUUUGUUGCCAGUGUUGAGUCUGAGCUGUUACCAAGGCCAGUGGCAAAACUGGACCAUGGGCCCUUGCCUGUCCCAGACUUUGUCCCUCCAGCGGACAGCAAGAUGUGACAAUUCCCAGUCCUCCCUAUCCGGGGGGUUCCCCUGGAAUGGCCAGUUCUAGGCCCGAGACGCAAGGCUGUGCAAACCCCUGCUUUCUGUGGGUGAGAGAGCACCCACCAACCAGCUGGGAGACCCCAGAGAGACAGGCCUCCCAGGAACCCUUCAUUCCCUAAACUUGGGCUCCAGAAGUCAUCCCUGUACUAGGGACGGAGGAUGUCAGGCCUGCGUCUUCAAACAAGAAUCCUUAAGGUGGUCUCUGGCUUGUGUCAGGGUGGGAUCUUUCAAAUGUCUGUGUUUGCAACAUGUCAGGGCCAUCGGUUCAAGGGCAUUAUGAAUCGCUGGAUAUUUAAUGAAAGCCUGAUUGGCAGCUGUCUUACUUGGGUUCUUGGCAGGAAACAGCUACUCAAAUCGAUUUGAAGAGUAGGUGUAGGGAUCCUGAGGGCUUGUGUUUUACAUCCCAGAUGUCAGGGGUGGGGGGUAGGGGGCAGACCCAGCCCACUGUGACCCACGGGAGGUAUGACUUCCUCGGUUCUUCUCUCCCUCCCAUCUCCUCGAAGCUCCUGUGGACUGAACCACAGCCACGAAGCAGGCAGAGAGGUAGAGCCUGGGCUGGAAGGGCUGAAGACGUUCCGAGUGGGGCACCCAGCCUCUCUCGCUUUCAUAGAUUUACUUAUUCACAUCAGUACAGCCCUGAAGCUUUGGCCAGCAGCACUAGGGGCUGGUUUGUCCUGGUUUAUCCCGGAGAGCUGUGUAUUUUUGAAGCUGUUGUUUCAAAGGGUGACCCUCAGAUCGUGCGACCCCCACAUGAUCUUCUGACAUGAGUAGUAACUUGCAGUUUACAUUUCUUCCGGUUCCUUGAAGGCUUCUGCAGGGCUGUUCCUUGGGGGCGCAGGCUGGCUUGGGAAUCAGAGGGAAAGGAACUAGACCAGAUUGGGAGUUCUUUCUGGAGAGAGUCAUGCAGAGAGAACAGAGCUUGCACCCCAAGAAGUAGCAAUCCCGGGAGCCGUAAAUCAGCCUGCUCCUUUGCCAAAGGGCUCGGGCACCGUGGUGUCCUGCAGACAGCCGACUGGCCAGGGAAGCAGCCAGUAAUCCACGGGGUGGAGAAUGAAAAUAGACACCCUUGAAAGGUUUGCUGAAACUUGAUAUCUUGAAAAAAUAGUGGUUUUAACUAAAAAUAAAUUCUCCCGUCUCCCCGCCCCUUG